AUGUCCAUUUCUGGUUGUGAUGUUAAACAAUAUCCAAGAAUCCAGUUGCUUCCUGGAGGAGAUUGGUAUGAUGCUAUAAGCGUGCCGUUUAAUUAUACAGUUUUGAUCGUGGACCUGAAGCUUCAAACUAUAUUGAGGAAAAACAAGUGCCAGGCUUUUAACGAAAAUAUCUUCCUUCCAGAUUCUCUUUCUAUAUCUUUCAAUAUUCUCCAAAUCUUUAUGAGUCAUUUUUACAGAUGCAACAGUGCUAGUAGUACCCGGAAGAACAACGAGCAUUUUUCUGGUUAUAAAAUGUACAAUGGUUGUAAAGGCUUUAACAUGUACUACAAUCUUCCGGGAGAUGAUGAUGAAGUCCUUCCAGCAGGCAAUCUUACUAUCAACUGUUCACUUCUCCAAUUGCCAAUACACCCAACAGAAGAUGACAGCUUUUUUACUUCCGGAAUUCUACUGUCUCCUUUAUCUGGUGUUACAAGGAGAGGAAAUAUAGUCCAUUCCGCUACCUCUCAGCAAAGAAAUUCUCGGGUUAUAUUUAAACAUGAUGUUGAAGGAGGGAGCAUAUACUCUGGUGUCCUAGUCUUCUCUUAUUCAGAGCUUGAAAAAGCCACAAAUGAUUUCAGUUCCUCUAGAGUACUUGGACAUGGAGGUUUUGGAACUGUUUACUAUGGAAAGCUUAAGGAUGGAGGAGAGGUUGCUGUGAAGCGUCUUUACGAGCACAACUGCAAACGAAUGCAACAGUUUGUAAAUGAAAUUGAUAUCCUUACUAGGCUAAGGCACAACAAUCUUGUCACCCUCUAUGGUUUCACUUCAAGGCGAAGCCGUGAACUACUCCUUGUCUAUGAAUACAUUCCUAAUGGAACUCUUGCUGAUCACCUUCAUGGUGACAGAGUGAAGGACGGAUCACUUACCUGGCCGGUCCGCUUGAAAAUUGCCAUAGAAACUGCUGGUGCAUUGGCUUACCUUCAUGCUUCUGACAUAAUACACUGUGAUGUCAAGACUAAUAACAUACUCCUUGAUCAGAAUUUCAGUGUUAAAGUUGCAGAUUUUGGGAUAUCACAGCUCUUCUCAAAUGAUGUUUCUCAUAUUUCAACUGCAGCUCGGGGGACCCCUGGUUAUAUCGAUCCAAAGUAUCAAGAAUGUUACCAGCUGACUAGUAAAAGUGAUGUCUAUAGCUUCGGGGUGGUCCUUGUUGAGCUCAUUUCAUCAAUGCCAUCUGUGGAUAUGAACAGGCAUAGCCAAGAAAUUAAUUUGGCUAACUUUGCUAUAAACAAGAUCGCAACAUGUGCAUUUCACGAGUUGAUCGAUCCAUCCCUGGGGUUCAAUUCAGAUACCAAGAUUAGGGAAAUGACAACCUCAGUAGCAGAGCUGGCUUUCCUGUGCUUGCAGACUGAUAGGGACAUAAGGCCUACUAUGGUUAAAGUUUUGGAUACUCUAAAGGAGAUUCAGACAAUUUGACAAUGAGACGAAACUAUCUCCUUUCCUAAAAACAGAAGAUCAGUUAUUUCUGAAACAAGUCAAAUCACUACCUUCACCAAAUUCUGCGACUGGUAAAUGGAUUACUUGCUCUAGUAUUACUAGUACAAAGUAGUUUCACCCCCUUCCUUUGUUAUUGAUGUAGAUAUUGAGAGAAUGUGAAUGUACUACUCUGAGAUGUUUCUUGAGCAAUGUAUCUACGAGUGAAAGUGAUUCAAUUUUUAGUUUCAUUAUAUAAGAGCUGUUAUAUACACUGGAAGGUUGGAAAAUAUAAAGCAGUGGCUCCGUCCAAAGACACAUUUUCUUUUCUUUUUGGGAUCAAAAGCUGGUGUAACAGAAAAUGAUGGGAGAAGUUUGACAAAAAAGAAUAAGGAUUGAGGGGACAGCGUUAGAAAUUUAUGCAAGUACGAGUGUCAAUUUGAGUAUUUAGUCAUAGUGAUAUGCACUAUCGUUUCAAUGUUAGUCAUGGAAUAGAGGGGCCAGUGUUCCAUAUUCUAGGAUAUCGAUUUCUGAUUUGUUUCUUUUUCAAAAUUAUGAAGAUGAUGGCUUGGAGCAUCGCAAGUAUAUCUAUCUUACACCAUAUAUACUCUGCUAUACUUGAAAAAAUUUCUUGGUAAUUGCUAGUGAGAAAAUGAGCAAAUGGAAGACUGGAUUUGUAAACCAUAACGAGGAGAUGUAAAAAGCUAUCUGAUAAGUAUGCGGUGUUCUUUUUACAUUAUCAAACUAUCUAUAGUUGUGUUUUGGGGUGUGACUAGAAUCUUUUCCUUUUCAU